AUGAGUAGCGCUUGGGAUGAGAUCAAGCGACUCGCGUCGGACCUACAAAGGGUUCAGCUUUCGGCUGCUGCUAAGAAAUUAUCGGAAGCGAACUGCGUGGAAGUAAUUUCCAAGCUCAUCGAGCGUCAGUUGAUUGAUGUCGUCUUCACGCGUGACGGAACUACCUACAUCACUCGGAAGCACCUUUGCACUGAGUAUGUGAUCGCGGCUACGAAAACCAUCAUCGCCGAGGAUGACGAGUUCCUCAUCAGCGCGGGAGAGCUGUUCGCGAGGGAUUAUGUCCACAAGCUACAAAUGGAUCUGCGUGUACUUUUGUCGGAGGAAGGCGUUCGAUCGAUUGCAUCUCUCUGUCGCGACUGGUCUCUAUCCACGGAACUGCUGCGCUCAUUAUUGCUCGAUCGGCUGCAAGAAGGUGGCGAAUUUACCGUCGAUGGGGAGAAUAUAUACACCUUGGACUUCCUUGAAGCGCACAAAUUUAUACUACGGGCUGUUCUGUGCGCCAUCACAAAGGCAACGCUUUUGUCCCAUAUUCAACAGAGGGUUUCCCUACCUACAAACCGGUUUUUCGCGGCGCUGGACGACUUGUUGAGUUCUGGCGAGGUCCCUGGUAAAAUCGUUGGCUCUCGGACCUCUGCCUCAGCAAUAUACAUCCCUAACCUACACGGUGAACUGGUCAACGCAGCAAUUCGGCGAAUGUUUGCGCAGAACGAAUACAUAUUGUUUUCCGAUUUGAAGAAAAUGGGCCUCUCGGAUGUGAAAGCGGCGGUGAAAUCGGCCUUUGCCAAAGAAGAAUUCGGGCAACUUCGAUUCCUCGGAUCAAUCGUCGUACCCGAAGAAGUUUUUGACACCCAGAUGAGCGCAUUGAAAGAUGAACUUGCUCAAAACUGUUUUGUCGAUGUGUCAGCCGAAUUGUCGAAAAGCUCGCUGCCAUUUGAAGCCGAAGAUGAGAGCUUUUUCAUCGAGGCUAUCACCGCUGGAGAUAAGGAUCUCCUCGUGAGCGAGCCUCGCCUUUACACGAGUGAGCUACUUGCCAAAGCGGUGGAUUCGUUGAGUGAAAAAUUGGACCAGCGAGCUGGUGAAGAAAUGGACAAAAUGGACCAAAAGAAGAAAAAGACGGCCCCGAAACCAGCCGAAAAAGAUGAGUGGGAUGAGGGUGGAAAGGGCAAAGGGAAGAAGGGAAAAGGCGGAGGUGCCAAGGGCCGUGGCAAUGCCAAAAAAGACGAGGAUGACAACACGGGGUCCGGCUUUUCGCUCGAUGUCGAUGAAGUGGAAGGCUGGCUUCGAUCGAGUGAGCGUGUCCCAGAAGAACUCAUCCAGAGCAUCGCUGAGCAAAUUAUCGAUAAGGUUUCCCAGAGCAUCCGGGAUCGCGUCGCCAGACUUGUCGCAACGCAAGCCGUAUCCAGCGCGCAGUCCAACAAGCGUUCCCACCAGCAGAUGGAGCAACAGCUCAAUCAGCUCUACGCCAACAUUUCCUUGUUUGAGACUGGGUUAGAGAAAAUUCCCGACAAUAUUCGUGACGAUCUGCGUGCCUACUUGCAAAAGACGCUUUGCACCGAGCUGGCUCAUGCGCUGCUUGGCUUUGCUAGCGACACCGGAAAUGUCGGGCAAAUGAAAGAGAAGCAACGAGAAGAGACCAUUGAAGCCCUGCCCUCGCGGAUCAAAGACGCAAUAGUUGCGCUGUACGCAAGCCUACGCGAGGACGAUCUGCAGAACUUCAACAAUGCUUUGUUCGACUUGUGCGCGCCAAGUGUACUUCAGCUUGGAAUCAAGAAUCCGGAUAAAAAGACGAGGGAGGAACUCACAAACGUGUACGCGACUCAGCUGUUGGCCCAGGUCAACGAACAAUCCGAUCCCGCUGCUGCGCUGCUCUCAUCGGUGCUGUAUCUUUACGCAAAAGAUGGAAUCGCUGUACAUGCUUCCGGAAAAUUUGUCGCGCAGCUCGUCUCCCACCUUGCCACUCUGAUCGAUGUGGAGAUCUACGACCUUCUUCUAUCCGCGCAGAAGUUGGUUGUCGCCUCCUUCAAGAACAAAGGCGAUGUAGAGCUGAAGGAGCAACUCGAUCAACAGAUCCAAGCGCUACGUCAGCGCUUGACGCAGGGA